AAAAAGCAAGGCACAACACACUUGUAGGAGAUACAACAAUCUGAGGACGGACACUCUCCCAAUGCUACCUAAGGCUUGCUCAUGAUAAUGACGAUGCGAUGAACUUAUGAAUCGUUUAAUAUUCAUUGCAAUAUUCGUCUGAUUCGUUCUUAGCUAGGGAGAUAUUUCGUUUGUGAUAUACAAUGCCGCCUCAAGAUCUGUCGUUGCCCAAGGUCGAUGAUAUCGACACACGAUCCUUGAUUUCCAUGCAGGAAUUGGAUCCAUCUCCAGUCUCUGAAGAGUUUGGUGAUAUCGAAAAUGGCGACCUCUUCCAUAAGGCCCAAGACGCUCCACCACAUGGGGGAUUGUCUCUUCCCAAACUGGGCCUCCGCGGGCAUAACUGGGAUUCUUGGUUGUCCGCCAUUCAGAGAUAUUCCACAUACCCUCCGACUUUAUUCUUCACGUUACACUUUGCCAAUACCUCGCUCAUUCCUCUAAUGACCCGCUCCGUACCUGCCGCCGAAAACUAUCUCCUCCUCACAAGGCCUUUGUACCAGUCGCCGUCUCUUGAGCACGCUAUCCUUACCGUUCCCAUCCUGGCCCAUGUUGCUUCCGGCCUCGUCCUACGGAACAUCCGUUCUUCCCGUAGGGCACGACUUUACGGCGCCGAAACAAGGUCUCAACGGUACUCACUCACUUUUUGGCCCCGUAUGACCCUGCAAGCGCGCUUGGGCUAUAUGCUUGUUCCCUUGCUCGGUGCCCAUGUUCUUGUCAACCGCGUCGUGCCGCUGAUGGUCGACGGUGGGAGCUCGGGAGGCGGCCUUGGCUACGUUGCGCAUGGGUUUGUGCGGAGCCCCGUUUUUUGGAACGUUUAUUAUUUGAUAUUUGUCGCCGUUGGAGUAUGGCAUAUCGUUGGGGGGUGGGCAAAUUGGAUUGGGUGGAGAGUCACCACCGCCCGAAAGGAACGAAUACACAAAAAGGGCUCACUCGAGGGGUACCUCGGCCACGCAGACAGUGAGCAACGAAUGAGGAAGCAGAGAAAGAUCUGGUGGAUUGUCAAUGGCAUUGCAGUGGUAGGAGCAUCUGUUUGGCUUGCAGGCGCACUUGGAAUUAUCGGACUUGGAGGACGAGGAUCCGGUUGGGAAGCGAGCAGUUGGGAUGGUAUGUAUGACCGAGUGCCCAUCAUUGGGGUCUGGUUAUGACCUAAUCUUAUUGCGUAUAAUUGACAGACGCUGGGGCGACUACUCUCGGAGGGUGUGUAUAGUAGUAGGAAAUAUAAUCAAUAAUGUGUCAACAUAUUC